UUAAUAUACUGAUAUAGAAUUUAAAUUUAUGUAUUCAAUAAGUUAUAAUGUUGUUCACAAAUUUAAAAAAAAAAUCAAAUUUAUAAAUUUUCAUUGUAAAACGCAUGCAGAGUCACCCCUGCCUCGGCAAACAAAACUUUGUUUCUUUCCUUGAUUACCAUAAGCUUCAAUGUAACCUGCUGCUUAGUUUUUGCUGCUUGCAUGGUAGCAGGCAAGGCAAUAGCAAGUUUCUAUAAGAGUGCAAUAUUUUUUGUUGCUAUGUGAUUUUCUAAGCAUUUCAAGUAUCUAUGUUGAAAAUACAAAAGACAAUUGCAGUAGUGCAUUAUUAUAGAGUGAGAGAUAUUCAAGGAAAGAAAAGUAAGAUAAUUAUUAUAGCUUUAAUUUUACCUCUGUCCAUUGGUUUUUCUCCUAAUUUUGAAAAUUGCAUGACAUUUUUUAUGAAGUCAUCACUUGUAUAAAAAAAUUAUUUGGUUAGGAAAUGUGUUAUGAGAGUCGUUUCAAGGAAAGGGAACCCAAGACGGUGGAAUGAUGAGUACUUAAAAUCUUAAUUACUCCGUAAGUAGCUAGAAGAAUGGUACUCUAAUGUUUCUUUCUCUCUCAAAAUCUCUAUGGACGGCACUGAAUGGACGAGAAACAUUCCCUUUGCAUAAGCAUAGUCAUGCAUUUAAUUUUGUAAUUACUGUAAGGCACUACGGCCCUUUGGAACUGUAACUUUUAAACCUUACCGAAAAAUACGAUGGUAAAUACAAGGAGCGACGAGAAGUGCAUAAUUAUUCUUGAAAACAGUGCAAUAUGGUGCCGAGUUGUUUAGUUUAGAUGUUACUGUAACGUUGAUGUGGCCUAUCCUUUGUAGUUUUUAGGUAUAAAUAAUGUAAAAUGUACUCUGGGUCUUUCUAACAUAAUUAUUUCCAAAUUGAAGCAACUAGAAAGGUACUGUUACUGUGAUGUGAAAGUUGUUGGUUGGCGAAGGCCCGAGAAGCUCGUUUUUGCGAUGGAAAUGCUUGAGAAGAAUAGUUUUAUGACGCUUCUCAAGUAUGGGACUGACUUAACACAAAUGGCGAAAGAGGGCAAGUUAGAUCCAGUAAUAGGAAGGCAUAAAGAAAUAGAGAGGGUCCAACAAAUAUUAUGCAAAAGGAGGAAAAAUAACCCAUGCCUUCUAGGUGAUCCAGGUGUAGGAAAGACUGUAAUUGCUGAAGGGCUUGCUCAGGCGAUAGUGAAUGAAAAUGUUCCAUUAAAACUCCAAGGGAACAAGGUGUUUACACUUGACAUGGGACGUCUUGUUGCUGGUACGAUGUAUCGCGGUCAGUUUGAAGAAAGGCUGGUAGAGGUGAUUGAAGAAGUGAAGCAAAGUAAUGGGGCAAUUAUUCUCUUCAUUGAUGAGCUUCACACUCUAAUAGGAGCCGGUUCUUGUUCCGAUCGUCCUCUUGAUGCAGCCAAUAUAUUGAAACCAGCUCUUGCAAGAGGAGAACUCAAGUGUCUCGGGGCAACUACUCUUUAUGAAUACCGAAUGUACAUUGAGAGUGAUUCAGCACUGAAGAGGCGUUUCCAACCAGUGGACGUGCCUGAACCAACUGUGGAAGAGGCCAUCGAAAUAUUGAAAGGGUUAAGCAGGAAAUACAAAGAAUUUCAUGGUGUUAUAUACAAAAGUGAUGCAUUAGUUGCUGCAGCUAGUUUGUCAAAGCAAUAUAUAAGUGAUGGCUUCCUUCCUGAUAAGGCAAUAGAUGUGAUUGAUGAAGCUGGUGCAAGAGUUAAACUAACACUAAAUCAGAAUCCGCUUAAGAAAGCAAUUGUCACAAAAUCAGAUAUACAACAUAUAAUCUCUAUGAAAACAGGAAUACCUAUUGAGAAAGUUUCACCGGUGGAAGCUGAAAAGCUACUGAAAUUGGAGGAAACACUUCAUAAGAGAAUUGUGGGACAACGUGAAGCUGUAAAAGUAAUUUGCCGUGCUAUACGAAGGGCACGUGCAGGGGUUAGGGACCCUGAAAAACCUGUUGCAUGCUUCUUAUUUACUGGACCAACUGGGGUGGGUAAAACUGAACUUGCCAAGGUUUUGGCUGAGGAAUAUUUUGGUUCUAAAGAUGCAAUGGUGAGGUUUGACAUGAGUGAGUACAUGGAGAAGCACAACGUUUCAAGGCUUAUUGGUGCACCACCAGGUUAUGUUGGUUAUAAAAGUGGUGGCCAGCUCACUGAGGCUGUUCGUCGUCACCCUCAUUCUUUGCUUCUCUUUGAUGAGAUUGAGAAAGCUCAUAAUGAUGUUUUCAAUGUGUUUCUUCAGUUUAUGGAUGAUGGUAGAUUGACAGAUGGCAAAGGUCGUGUUGUGGACUUCAAGAACACUAUUAUUAUCAUGACUUCAAAUAUAGGGUUUGGUAAUCAAGCCAACCUUAAAGUGGCGGAGGAGUUGAAGAAGAAAUUUAGGCCUGAAUUCUUGAAUAGGAUUGAUGAAGUGGUUGUGUUCAAAACACUUUCCGAGACUGAGCUGAUUAAGAUAGUUGAUAUAAUGCUUUCUGGGGUUUGUAAAAGGCUUGAGGAGAAGAAAAUAAAGGUGGAUAUAGGUGUCAGAUUGAAGGGAAAGUUGGUUGAGGAAGGUAACAAUGCUAGCUAUGGAGCAAGGCCUUUAAAGAGGGCAAUAACUAGACUAGUUGAGGACGCAUUGGCUGAGAAAAUACUUGAAGAGGCUAUUAAAGAGGAAAGCUCCGUGAUCCUGGACCUUGAUGAUAAUGGUGACGCCACAAUAUUGUACUAAUGGUAGUAGUUUUGGCCUUUUCUUAUUAAUUUCAUUUUACUGUUUUUGAGGGAUAUAGAGUAUACUUCUUGCCAUGUUUCUAAGGAAUAGAAGCAAUGUUUGUUUUUUAUUAGAAUUAAAGUAUGUGUGUUUAA